AUGAGUGAUAAAUAUGCUCCUAGUGGAGCUAUAGACAUGAAAGCAAUGAUCCAAGCUGAGAAGAAGAAGAGACAGCAAGCUGAUAAGAUCAUCCAAAUCACAAGGGAAACUGCUUUUAACUUACUACAGGAUAUGAGGCAUCUUCUGAUACUUGAUGUCAGACCUGCCGAAGAAUUCGAGAAGAAUCAUCUCAGAGACUCGUUUAAUUUCACACUUGAAGAUAUUGAGACUAAGCUUCCUGAGUUUCUGAAAUAUUGCAAGACUAGUCAGGAUAGACUUAGGGAUACUACUGAUACUCAUAGAAGACUUAUAAUAGUCACCUCUGUAGCUGAUGAGGACGUUGAGGGGAUUAAACCUCUGCUUAAAGAAGUUCUGGCAUUCCAUAAAAUAAUGAAACUUAAAAAUGGAUUCGCAGAUUUUCAUGAAAAGUAUCCAUUCUUAUGACUAAACUCGGAAUCUACUGAAGAAGAAGUGAAGAAGGCUGAGUCACGCUACCCAAGCGAGAUUAUUCCAAAUAAGCUGUUCCUUGGCAACUUCAUUAAUUCUCUGAAUGAGGAACAUUUUAAAAACCUGAAUAUCACAAAGCUGAUUGGAAUGACACCUAAUGAGGCUGAAAAUAUGGAGGAAUCCAAGUGCAUUUCGAAGUAUAUCCAUCUCAAAAUGGAUGAGCUAGUCAAACCAGAUUUGGACUUUGAAGAACUUCAGACUCUUGUCACUACUACUAUUGAUGAUGGAGAAGGAGCAGUUCUCAUAUACUGUUUGCAAGGAAAUCUUAGUGCAGCAGUCUGAAUACAUAUGCUUAUGCAGGAGAAGAAAUGGGGACGGGAAUUAGCAGCCGCAGCCAUAAUGAAUAAGAGACCUGAGGUAAAGAACAUACCCACAUGGCUCUUCCAGCAAAUAGAUGCUCCAAAGAUUGAUGUUAUGGCUAGUUCAGCACUGCAUCAGCUGCUCUCAUAAUAAUGUUUUCAACCGAAAAUGAGAGAA